AGGAUGGGCAGCUUUUCUUCCUUUUAGGAGUCAGUUUUCACUGAUCUCCCUCUGUAUGAAUUCCUUAUUGCUACCAUAACAAAUUACCGCGGCCUUGGUGGUUAAAAUGACCACUAUUUAUUGUCUUACAAUUAUGGAGGUUAAACGUCUAAGGUGGGUCGGCAGGGCUGCGUUCCUCCUGGAGGUCCCGGGGGAACAUCCUCCCCUCGCCUCGUCCACCGCAUUCUUUGGCUGGUGGCCCUGCUUCAUUCCAACCUCUGCUUCGGUGUCCUCACAUCUCCUUCUCUGUCUCUGACCAUCCUGCCUCUCUUUUUAAGGACCCAGUGGUUAAGUGGGGCCCACCAGGGUAAUCCAGGCUAAUCUCCCCCCCUCAAGGUCCUUAACCCUUAACUUCAUCAAGUCAGCAAAGUCCACUUUGCCACGGAAGGUACCACAUUCGCAGGUGUGGGGAUUGGACCCGGACAUCUCUGGGGAGUGGGGGCAUUAUUCUGCCUGCCUCACUCUCCAUUUGGACACUUUGAUGUGACUUGUAUAUCUAGGGAUUUUUCUGUUCUUUUACUGAUUUCCUCCAGAGGUCUAUAUUUUCCCUCUAGUUCCAGGACAAAUUAACCUUAAGUCUUGCACUGAUCUGCUCUCAUGCACAUUUUCUUCUAAAUUAAAUCCCUUCUUUUCUUUCUUUUUAUUUUUUAAAUUGUUUCUCUUGUUCUUUCCUGCUGAAAUACCUGUUUUCCCUUUAUUUUCUUAUCCUGUAAAUUCUGGGUAAUGUAAGUUUUCCCAUUUUUGUUUUUCCCCGAAGGAAACAGAGAGGGCUCCCUCUCCUUACGCAGGGUAGCCCGGGGUCAUGACGUCUAGACAGACCGGGGUUCAAAUCUAGUCUCCGUUACUUACCAGCUGUGUGACUUAGGCAGAUUACUUGGCUUUGCUGAACCUCAGUUUCCUCAUCUGUGAAAUGGAAGGAAUAAUGCCCAGCUUGAUAGGAUUAAAUGAAAUGAUGUAUAAAAUGUGGUGAGCCCAGUGAUGGCUCCUAGCAAGCAUACCAGUUCUCUUCUCCUUUUCCUUCUAUAUACUUAGAAAGCAAGAAGGUGAUUGAGUGUAGGGCCAAAACCCAGGAUCCAUCCCCAAAUGAGCAGCCUCCCAUUGUGGGCAGCCAUCUCUUGUUCUGAAGAAAUUCCUGGCUUGUCCAAGUGACUUAUGAGCCCCUGCAAAGGCAUCUAGCUGGUGGUUACACAUGGUAGGGAGCAGACGCAAAGCCCACCUCCCGAGUUCAAAUCCCAGCUCUGCCUUUACUAGUCACGUGACCCUAGGCAAGUUAGUUAACCUCUCUGUGCCUCAGUUUACCCAUUUGUUAAAUGGGAUACUAAAACUACCGUCUUCAUAUUGUUGUUAAGAAUAAAUAAGCUACAUUUGUAAAGUACUUAAGAUAAGGCCUGUCACGAAGUAAGUACUUCAAAUUCAUUUAAUAAAUAUUUAAUGGGAAUACUGUAGGCUGGGCUGGUUGUGAGGAAUACUGCAAACAGAUGCUGUCCCGGCUCCAGUAAGGCUCAGUCUAGCUGGGGAACAAAGAAUCCCCAGGGGAAGGAGCGUUUCCAAGGAGAAGUAUGUAAGGAGAAGUAUGUUGUGUAACGGGAGUACAUCUCAGCCCCUGGUCUACACUGAGGACCUCCUGGAGGAAGUGAUAUUUGUGAAAAUCUGGAAUUGUUAUUGGUAGAGCCGUGGGAUCUCUUACCCAGCGUUGAUCUAUUUCUGUUUGGUUCUGUUUAGGAGUUUCCUGGUACUGGGGAGUGGGGCAGGCUUCUGGGGCUGCCUGAUAAUCAGAGGAAAGAAGGAAGGAGGCCUGGGGCUUGCUACCAGGCCUGUUCUGACCUAACCAGAGGAAGCCCGAGGCCGUGGAGCACAGGCUGUAGACACAAACAUUUCUGGAACUCUCUCUCUACCAGGGCAGCAGGCUGUGCUUCCCUGGCCAGUGGCCCAGCCCACCGGAAUCAAAGAAAGAAAGAUGCCAUACUCCGCUUGUCCACUGGGUGGAGUAUUUUAGCCAAAGAAGGGAACUUUGGCGAUAGUGACGUCCUAGGUCUUUUGCCUUGGAGAAGAGGCGAGCUUGGACUUGUCAAGAGUCAUACCCAUCAAAAUUCUCCUCCGUAGGUAACGUUCGCCAAACUUCCUGAAACCUGUGAAGUGUGCCAAGGCCGAUCCUGGUAAAAGAAAAUUCUCCGUGGGCGUAACCAAUUUUAAAAUUUUAGAGCCAGAAAGCGGCCAUAGGAGACCAGUGAGGGUGACCCGCUCUUCCACAAAUUGGAAAUGUAAGGUCGAGAGAUGAGCAGACUUGACCGAGGUCGCAGAGCCAGGCAAUGUCAGACGGGCCCAGAACCCAGGGCCCCUGAUUUCUGGAACGUGGCUCUCUCACUCUGAGCUGCCUCUGAGUUGCUCAUAUAGGUUCCCUGCCCUGUAGGCCUUCCAGUGUAGAUGGGAACCUAUGUUUGAUUAACAGACGAAGAAGUCUGAGACAGAAAACUGAUGCUGAUGUAGGAGGAAGGAAGAGGUGGCUACAACCCCCUCUAGUGGUGGUGUCGCUGUAGGGCUCAGCGUGGAGGCCUCUACCUCUCCCCAGGCCCUCAGCAGCUUGCUCUCUGCCUCACUCCCUCCCCUCCCUUCUGCUCCCAUGUUCCCCCCUCAAAGACCUACCACCAGUCCAAAAGGCCACCCCCUACCCUCUGACACAGGCUCUCCCUUGUCCUUCCCAAUUGUUCUUCAGAGCAUGUGCCUCUACCUGAUGUCAUAUUGCGCACAUGUGCACAUGCACACAUUCACACUCACUCACACACACAUACACACCACGUACGUUUUGGUUGUUGAUUGCUGUUUGUCUCCCCUCUAGGAUGUAAGCUCGGUGAGUUCAGGUUUUCAAUGUAUCUGUUCCCAGGACCCAGAAGAAUGUCUGGUACACAGAAGAUGUCCAAUAGAAAUUAAUUAACAAAUAAAUGAAAAACCGUGGCUUCAAAUCCUGAUUCAUCUGUAAAAUGGAUUAUUGUGAAGAUCAGUUACAUAAUACAUGCAAAAUCACUCUGCCACCUGUCAAGAAUAAGGGCAUGAAAGGGGCUAGGUUAGAUUAAGGGAUUGUAGGUGGUGCCCACUCACAGAGAAAAGGACUGGAAAUUGUUAGCAAAAACAAGGGGCCUAGUCAUAUAUCAUGACAACAAUUAACAUGUGUUUGUAUAACGUCACAUAAAGAUGUGACUUCAGCAUGAUCCCAUAAACUAGGGAUGCACGAUGCUCUGGCUUGGGCAGUGGCUAAAUCUGGAACCAAAUAGCUGAUUCGCUAGAUGCAAAGCUGACUCAGAAACGUCAGAAGCAUUCCUUGUUUACAAAAUAAAUUAAUUAAAGUUGGUGAGCAAUAAGGCAAAGGAAAAACAAAAAUAGGAAAAUAAAAGGCAUUCAGAAAAAAGGUACAUAAAAUCAAACCACGGAAACCUGUCCUUACUAAGAGUGGGACACAAGUGUAGGGCCUCCUGUCCACCGGUGGAUGGACAGUGGGAAACCUGAUCAUCACAGCACAUGUCAGCAGCUGUGCCGUCCUCAGGGCUGGGCUGCAGGGCCCCAAAUAGGGUCCAGGAGGAUCUGGGGGACAGGAACAUCCCACACUGGGGCUUUUUUCUGUUAAUGCUCAGUUGGUCGUCAGCCAGACUCAUAGGCUAAACUAAAUUUUACAAAAUUACCCCUUUGCUCUGGCACUUUUUGUCAUUUCCAAGUCAACAGGCAAUUCAAAUACUCAGUUUGAAUAUCUCUCAGUUUUUCAGUAACAUUAAAAAAACUCUAUGUAUUAAGAAAAGUGGAGCAAAUUCUAAAUAAAGGUAACCCAAUGAGAUGGAGACAACUGGGAACAGUUUUGGGAAGCUGACCUCAAAAAGACAAGACAUACAAUGUUUCACUUGGAAAUCUUUGUUCCCCCUAAAUUCUCUAAAGAAAGCAGAGAUCUCGCAUGCUUGCCAAUGAUCUGGAAAGCUAACUACAUCUCAGAAUGGUUGUUCUUGGCUCCGUCUUUAAAAGCAUAGAGACUACACCACAGUAAGAACUGAAUGCUGUCUCGGGCCUCAAUGAUGUCUUCUCCGCGGUCCUGGCUCCCUGGACAUGGAAGUGUCUGAAAACAACUCUUUGUCAGCCUGACUGUGAACAUAAGGCCCCCUGGUUGCAGAAGAGGGGCCUGGUCUCACUCGCAUAGGCCACUGAACUCCUCUUUCCUUCCAUCCCCUGCAAACCUUGUGUGUGACAGUCCUCAUAUUUCCAAAGCUGAUUUUCCAACCAACGGAAGAUGAAAACUUGGCCCAAAUCAUAAGAGCCGUAGACCACUCCAAAGGGUGGAAAGACAUGACCGGACUGGUGUUUGACCAGAAGGGGUGGUCAAGGAGCCACUUAAAAAGAUGGAUGUCUGCAGGGGAAUUGCCCUGAGGCAGAAACCAGGAGCAAGCAGGCCGGAGGCCCAGCUGAAUCCGCCUGCUGGCAGUUAGGGACGCCAUCUCAGACAAGUUGCUGAUCUCUCUGACUCUCAGUUAGCUCACCUGUGAAAUGAGCACUAAUCUCUUCUGCCUCAGUUGCCUGCUGGAUUUAAGGAGAAAAUGGACAGGAAAGCGUUCACAAAGCAUUACGAUUAGAGACUGGCAAGUGAUGAUUAUAACCUACGUUCCACAUCUCCAGAGAGAAUGAAGCAAGUGCAAUAGCCACUGCGUUGGGCACUUGCUUGAUACCAUGCUUUUCUACUCUAUGUCUAAACCUUACUAUAUGGUUAUAAUUGUCUCGAUUUGACGUGGGGAAACUGAGACUCAGAGAGGCUGAGUGACCCUCCAAAGUCCAUUCAGCCAUUGAAACGCAGAGUGGGGAUUUGAACUCUGAUCUAUUCGGCUUCUAGACUCUCUACCCUAGUCUGUCUCUAACAAGGAGGAAAGGGGCAAAAAUAAUACAAUAGGGGUUAAUGUAAAAAAAGAAAUAUGACAGAGAUGAUUGAGAAAAACCUAAGAGGGUUUCUGAGGAAGACCGUUAAACUUUUAUUUAAUUUUAAAAUGGGGACAAGUCCUCCUUGCAUUGGUGUCCCUACGCUCCUUGCCCGGUGACUGGCAGAGCCACGUGCACAUAUGCAGUGGCCAGAGCUGGUUUCUAAGAGGAGAGGACAGAGGGAGGGGAAGGCAUGCACAGAAUGUGAAGUCCACCUCGGAGCUCCGUUUAUUCUCUUGUCAACAGUGAGUAGGCAGGGGACGGCCGAGCAGCCUGCCAGGAAGGGACAGGCUGAACUACCUCCCUCGAUAACUGAGCGGUUCAGUAAUGUCAGAGUGGCGUUGUUUGUGUCCUAACAUCACCAGUUGGUUUUUGGCGCCCGGGUCCCAUCUCUGUCUCCUCUCAUUCUCUCCUUCUCCUUCUCAAGGUUAGCUCUCUUCUUUGACCUUCCUGGCCUCCUUAUUCAUGUGCACACGUUCUCCUCUUUUCCUCCUGCCUCCUCCCUCUGCACCGCUCUGAGAGACUGUAUCAGCGAAUCCCUCAACAGUGUCAUAUCUAACUUUUUUAUUCAUUGCAUGAUUUAUUUUUAGCCUGAAACAACUGCAUCCUAAAAAUGGAGUUCCUGAUGAGACAGGGGCUGGGCCAAGCUAUGUGAGGUAUCUGGGGCUUGGCCGCCCAGCCUGCCGCCUAGUCCACACACGCCUGUGUGGGCGAGCCUGCUGUCUGCCCUGAGCCCCGACGGCACUUAGCUGGACCCCAGGAGGGGAAGAGUCGGUUCUGGGGCUGUGGAAGGGCAAACGCGGCAGAGGAGGCCAGGCUCUCUGCUCCCACUCCUCUCAACAAGUGCUCCCAGAGUCUUCUGCCCUCUCUCCUGUGCUCCAUAUAACUUUUCCCAGAUGAAGAGAACUCACCUGUUUGUGGUGGGGGUCUACCUGCUGUCCACCUGCAGGGCGGAAGAGGGGCUCAACUUCCCCACCUACGACGGCAAGGACCGCGUGGUCAGUCUCACUGAGAAGAACUUCAAGCAGGUUUUGAAGAAAUACGACUUGCUCUGCCUCUACUACCAUGAGCCCGUGUCUUCCGAUAAAGUCGCCCAGAAACAGUUCCAGCUGAAAGAAAUUGUGCUUGAGCUUGUGGCCCAGGUCCUGGAACACAAAGAUAUAGGCUUUGUGAUGGUGGAUGCCAAGAAAGAAGCCAAGCUUGCCAAGAAACUGGGUUUUGAUGAAGAAGGAAGCCUGUAUAUUCUCAAGGGUGACCGCACAAUUGAGUUUGAUGGCGAGUUUGCAGCUGAUGUCUUGGUGGAGUUCCUCUUGGAUAUUCCUGAAGAGAUAAGGAACGUCCACACUGAUGGUUCCUCAUCUAUCAGCUCGUCCACGGUGGCCUAUUGCCUCUUCUUCACAGUCUCAAAAGCCCAGAGAGAGUCAGAACUAAUUGAAGAUCCUGUGGAGAUCAUCAACAGCAAACUGGAAGUCCAAGCCUUUGAACGCAUUGAGGACCAGAUCAAACUCAUUGGCUUUUUCAAGAGUCAGGACUCAGAAUAUUAUAAGGCUUUUGAAGAGGCAGCCGAACACUUCCAGCCUUACAUCAAAUUUUUUGCUACCUUCGACAAAGGAGUUGCAAAGAAAUUGUCCUUGAAGAUGAAUGAGGUUCACUUCUACGAGCCAUUUAUGGAUGAGCCCAUUGCCAUCCCCAACAAACCUUACACAGAAGAGGAGCUCGUGGAGUUCGUGAAGGAGCACCAAAGACCCACUCUACGUCGCCUACGCCCAGAAGAUAUGUUUGAAACAUGGGAGGAUGAUUUAAAUGGGAUCCACAUUGUGGCCUUUGCAGAGAGGAGUGACCCAGAUGGCUACGAGUUCCUGGAGAUCCUGAAACAGGUUGCCCGGGACAAUACCGACAACCCUGACCUGAGCAUCGUAUGGAUUGACCCGGAUGACUUUCCUUUGCUUGUUGCCUAUUGGGAAAAGACUUUCAAGAUUGACCUAUUCAAGCCACAGAUUGGGGUGGUGAAUGUGACAGAUGCUGACAGUGUCUGGAUGGAGAUUCCAGAUGAUGAUGACCUGCCCACAGCUGAGGAGCUGGAAGACUGGAUUGAGGACGUGCUUUCUGGGAAGAUAAACACUGAAGAUGAUGACAAUGAAGAUGAAGAUGAUGACGAUGAUGAUGACGAUGAUGAUGAUGAUGAUAAUUCUGAUGAAGAAGAUAAUGAUGACAGUGAUGAUGAUGAUGAAUAGCCCCAACUCCAAAUGAUUUUGUUGAAAACAAAAUCACAGCUACCCACUACCUUACAGACAGCACAAGGUGGCAGCAGGCAGCCUUGGCCCACGCCCAGCCAGCUCCUUUCCCUUUUCCAACCUCUCUUUUCCCACUCCCUUCUCAUCAGGAGAUGUGCAGUUCAGCAAAUGCCUUUCUAAAUCCUGCAAUUCCACUCAGCAAAGACAAGUGGGGGGAAUUAUUCCCAUGUUGACUGUCUUGAUUGUCAUGAAACAGCUCUUGUUCUUUGCCGGACCAUCAGCGGUCAUGGCAGUGUGGUAUCUGGCAGUCUGGGGAGAAAACGCCCCUAACGCCUCUACUCAAGUUUACUUGUUGUCUUUGACCAUGACCGUAACAGAAUUGACAGCUUGCUAACUCACUAGCAUGGAGUGACCUUAUAAUCAGAGCCCAGGGAAGACACACAAUCAAUCCAUUUAGCCCCCAAGCCUAGAACAUCAGUUAGGAUCCCUCCUUUAGAUAAGAGGCUCUCUCUUAGGGAAGGCUCAGCCUUAGAAACAAGUUUAUAAAUCUGCUUCUUUUGGCUCUAUUAAAUGUAUCAUUUUAAGUGUAGGUCAGACUAUUAUGAACUCAGAUCUAAGCCUUGGAUGGCUACUGAGAGGCCUUGAAACACAUGUGUACAGAUGUCACCAUCAUUUGGAGUACAUUAGGAUACUUGGAUGGGAGCUUGAUCUGCUCUCUGAACUUCCCUCUUGGUGACAAGUCUUGCAUAUACAUGGGGGUGGAGGGAACUGGAAGGAUUAAAGGUUUUUAAUUAUUUC